AUGCCAAGUUUACUUUGCAGGCCAAUCAAGGAAGAAAUGAUGGAUCUUGACUACCUAUGUGAUAGGGAGUUGGUUCAAGAGAGCUAUGAUCAAGAUGAUGAGAAUGUCAUUAACCUUGGGGUUCAAACCAAAGGAGAUGAUGACCUCAUGGAAAUAAGUGCUCAAGAGUAUCAAGAGAGUUUGACUCUAGAUAAGAUCAUGUGCACGCCUUUUGCUUUGGAUGGGACUCAAAGUGUACCAUACAAACCAUUCUCUCCCUUUGGAUUUCAAUGCAUUUUCAAAUUGAAAGCUCAUUCGGCCGAAUUGUUCACUUUCUUGCUCGAUGUUUUUGAUGAACAUGGUUUUGAUGUCCAUGCUCCUGGUUGUCCAUGGACUUUGUCCUCAUCUUCGUCAUCAAGGGGGAGGGCAGAUAUCAUUGUGCUCUCGUCAAGGGAUAAAACAACUGCUGUACCAAAAAUAGAAUCAGAAACAUCUCCUAAACAAGGAGAUAAUGCAGCAGAAAAAGCUCAUUUGCAACUUGAUAAGUAUAUGGGUCAACGUCUUGGAGCUGGUCUACUCAUUCAGGAGCGAGACAGCCACAAUGCUUUUAUGGCAGGGGCUACAACUAUAAUGAAUGAAGCUAAGAAGGCUAUUUCUGAACUUAAGCAUGCUCGCGAUGUGGUCCGCUUAGAGCGUGAACAGGCUCGCCAGCGUCUUAUUGAAGCGGACGACAACCUUAAGGCAUCCAAUUUGGAGUGUGAUAAGAUGCGUAGGAAAAUUGAUGAUGCAAAUAGGGAACUUGAUAAUGCCAGAAGCGAUGCCAAGGCUGCUGAAAAAAGCAAUGUUUGA